AAAUAAGUUCAGUGUCAUAAUAAUAUUCUCUCUCUUCAAACUCCAAACUUGUGCUCUGCAUCUCCUUUCUUGUUCCUUCCUCCUCUUGUAGUUGCAGUUGUAUUUACAGUCGUCGCCGCCUCUGCCAACCACCUCUCCUUCUCUUCUGCUGCUAUUCUCGAGUGGCUGAAAAAAGAUCAGAAGUUCAUGUCUUCAAAUAGCAGGUCUUAUGACCCUGAAGAAUCAUUCAUGACAGAUGUUGCAAACUUUUUUGAUACAGCACCGCCUCUCAAAGAUCGUUCUGUCAUAAGCAAAAAGUUAAAGGAAUUUAUUAACCACAAUUCUCAUACAGCAGGAAAUGGAGCAUCUAUGAGAAAAAUUGUUUGUGUAACAUCUGGUGGUACAACUGUUCCCCUUGAGCAAAGAUGUGUUCGUUAUAUUGAUAACUUCAGUUCAGGCCAUAGAGGGGCCGCAUCAACAGAGUACUUUCUCAAGGCUGGAUAUGCUGUUAUCUUCCUCCGCCGGAGAGGAACCUGCCAGCCAUACUGUAGAUCACUUCCUGAUGACCCUUUGCUUGAAUGUUUUGAAUCAACUAAUGACUCAAAUAUCCGAGUGCAGCAAUCACAAGCUGAGGCAGUAAAGAAGGCAAUCUCUAGUCAUCAUGCAGCACUGGAAGCAGGGGUCUUAUUAAAACUUGAGUUCACAACCAUAUUCGAGUAUCUCCAGAUGCUGCAGAUGACCGCGGUUGCACUAAGGGAUCUUGGGCCACGUGCUAUGUUCUAUCUUGCUGCUGCUGUUUCAGAUUUUUAUGUCCCUUGGGAGACCAUGGCAGAACAUAAAAUUCAGUCCGCGGCAGGACCCCUUGAUAUGACUCUUGCUCAAGUGCCGAAGAUGCUCUCUGUGCUAAGAAAGGAUUGGGCUCCUCUGGCAUUUUCCAUUUCCUUUAAGUUAGAAACAGAUUCUCAGAUACUUUUGGAUAAAGCUUCUUCAGCACUAAGUAAGUACAAUAUGCAUGCUGUCGUAGCAAACGAACUUGCUACUCGCAAAGAAGAGGUCACGGUUGUCACUCUUCACGGGAAAACCUGUAUUCGUCGUGAGCCCGGGACUGAUAUAGAGAAUGCGAUCAUUCAACUUCUUGCAGAAAGACAUGCAGCCCAUAUUCAGGAUACCUUGCAAAAUCAAGCAGUAUCAUGUCAAUGAUCAUUGAUAUAUUUACCAAAAUGACCUCAGUUUCAAACUAUUCUGAAAAUUUUCAUUUCUGUUGCCAGAUUUGGUCCAAUUGUCUGGAAAUUUAAGUGUUUUUGUAAGGGUUUGAUAAAUGUAUGCAGGAACUUCUAUGUAUCAAGGGAAUGAACAGCUGACUUAGUGUAUUAACUUGAUUUUGCAAAAGAAACAAUUACAUGAA